UCUCUUUGCCGAAAGUUAUUACCCGACAUUGUAAACACACAUUGCGUCUUUCCGAAGAGCGCGGGUGUGUUUAGCUGCCGCGCAUUAACAGAAAUGACUUGAAGAACUUCGAUAACAUUCGCGUCUGCGGACGUCACUUCAUUACCGGAAAGCCAUCAAAUCUCAUGGAGGACAGCAACUCAGAUUGGGCACCUAGCCAGCAUCUAGGUUAUGGUGGUGAUGACAGAGGUGCACUAAAGAGGACUGAACGAUAUGAACGCACAAAGCGGUACAGCAGAAAAGUGAUCACCACCAGUGCAAGUGAGCUGUCCUCCCUGUCGGCUGUGGCUGAUACAUCCGUGCCACAUUCUACAAUGAAUCUUGCAGCUGAGAGCGGACCAACCCUCCCAGGUGGCUCACUGGACGAGGGGCUCUACAAAGAUGCAACUGUCCAGACAGAGCUGACCAUGGCAGACUUGCAAGCAAUCCAGGCGGAAAAUGAAAGGCUGACCUGCUGCCUCCCCAGUGUAGUUCAGCAAAAGGAGCAUUUAAAAACUGUGUCACAAACACUGGACACCGACAACCAGAGGUUGGCUGAGGAACUGCGCCGGCUUGCCGCAGAGAAAGAAAAGUUAGAAAUAUCAGAGGCAUCACUUCGGCAAGAUAAUGCAAAAGUUCUUUUUAUACAGGGAUAGCUAACUUUGCCCUAUUUUUUCCAAUUUUUCAACUGGUUGAAGUUGCUGUCAAGCACACGCCUCAGAAUGGCCUGUCAAAAUUCCAGGAAUUUGCUGUUUUUAUGAUGAAGCUAAAAUGGAACUUCCCUCUCCAGGAUCUUGCCUACAGGUUUGGAAUGUCGCACUCCACUGUAAGCAGGAUCCUGGAAAAGUGGCUGCAAGCUUCAUUUUGGCGACUUCAGUCACAAAUAGUAGGGCCAGCGAGAAGCGAACUGCAGAGGACAAUGCCACAGGCAUUUGUCGACUCAUUUGGGACAAAGGUGGGGGUUAUAAUAGAUUGCUUUGAGAUUAUGCUUGAACGGCCGUCAUCUUUGCUCCCAAGGAGCGAAACGUGGUCGCAGUACAAAGCCAGUAACACUGCUAAAUUCCUAAUUGGCGUAAGUCCCCAAGGCUCAAUGACAUUUGUUUUAGAAGGGUGGGGAGGAAGAUCAAGCGACAAAGACAUCGCGGAGCAAUGUGGCCUGCUUGACAAACUCACGCAUGGGGACGUCGUGCUUGCGGACAGGGGCUUCGGCAUUGCAGACAGUGUCGGCCUGUACUGUGCCACACUUCGCAUCCCAGCCUUCACAAAAUGCAAAAGUCAGCUGUCAGUACUGAAAGUUGCCAGCACCCGUAAACUUGCCAGCGUACGCAUAUACUUCGGUCAUCGGUCUGGUUCGAAACAAAUUGAUCAUCAUGAUGGGUGUUCAGCCAAUAGAUUUUGUGACUUGCAAGCCAGGUGACAAAUACACUGAAUUAGACAAGAUUGUUACAGUGUGCUGUGCACUUGCAAAUGUGUGCCCAUCUGCAGUGCCAAUGAACCAGAGCGAUGAUCUGUAGUACCUGAAAAAGCAGUCUUUAACUCACUGCAGUAUCUUUUUAGCAUGACCUGUUACACGCAGCAGUUGUACUUAGCCCUAAUUGUGUUGUUCAUUCAAAUGCUUGAGUUGCUGCACCCUUCACUAUUGUAUAAUUGUCUGUUGAGUAAAUGUUAAGCAAUUGCUUUUCAGCAGGCAGCCUUAAAAAUUACGGGGUUUUACGUGCCAAAACCACGAUAUGAUUAUGAGGCACGCCAUAGUGGGGGACUCCGGAAAUUUGGGCCACCUGGGGUUCUUUAACGUGCACCUAAAUCUAAGUACACGGGUGCUUUCACAUUUCGCCCCAUUGAAAUGCGACCGCUGUGGCCGGGAUUCGAUCCUGCGACCUCGUGCUCAGCAGCCCAGCAGCCAUGGCUGAACAUUUCCAUGAUGUUGUUUAGCCUGUCAAUUAUUCUUUCUCUGCCUAAUGUUUGUAAUAAAGUUGUUUUAAAAGCUUUGCUUGUAUCCAAAUGUUGUGCAUUUUAUUACAACUAGCAUAUUUGAGCAAUAUGCAAGGAGGUUCUGUUUAGUGCAUGACUGGUGCAUGAUUAAAUGAUCAAAGACAAAGUCGCUGCCAAGGCCAUGUUGCGGCUCGAGGUGGCGUUUGGGCCAUG